UCUAACGUGGGAGGGGUUUUUUUUUUUGCUCGAAAUGUUCUUCUUUUUUUCUGUUUCGUCUUUUUUUUUUUUUUACUGUCUGACGAGCAUAACGAGGUUUAGGUGUUUGUUGCAAUAAACCCAGUGAGCUGACGGGAGCGAGUAGCAUUAGCAGGCCAUUUUCCUCGUUCGUGAACGUGCUGUUUAGACCAAAAGACCAGGAGUUCCUCCCUUUACAUUUAUUAUUCUUUUUAAUUUACAACCGGGGGGGCUUUCCUCUCGUCAUGGACGGCUAGACCCCGCAAAGGAGAUGCCCUGAAGGAGAGGGAGAGGUUUGAGAUGUUUCUCGUCUGUCUGUAUGUGAUUUUUUUAUUUUUUUAAUUGGGUCUGUAGACUACAAAUUUCCCCCUUGUGGGACAAAUAAAGAUUAUCUUAUCUUAUCUUAUCCUGCAGACUUUUCAUUGCCUCGGCACGUUGAUUCUCGUUCCUCUUUAUUGCGUUAGGCAUUGUGUGUUAGGGGUGAGCAACAGGAGUUUUUUAAGACAUAGAUCAGCUCAUGUGGGUUGACUUUGUUUAGUUUUUCAGUAAAUUUCGACUAGGAGUGGAAAUAAAGAGCUUGAAACCUCUUUUUUGGGGGGGGGGGGUGAAAAAUUGUCUGUCAAACAGUUUUUUUUUUGUAGUUUGCUGCAACCCUAGCUGCCGUAUCAAAAGAAAAAAAAUAAGUUGAGGCAACGCUGUAUUGUUUGAGUUCAACAUGUGCGUGCCAAAUAUACGUAACGCUGAUGUGGAUCCUGGCUGAUUUGGUAUUUCCCCACCCCCUUUCUCCCCACCCACCACUCAUUUAACAUGCAUAGGUGGUACGGCUUUUGUCCCUCCCAUUUCGUUUUUACUGUCAGCUCUCCUUUGUGAGAGUGAGUGAAACAUCUCAAACUUCUCCCCCUCACGAGGGGCAACUCCACUUUCCUCGCUCAUCUUCAUCACCCGAAAACAUGGAGACUCUCCUUCAACUCAAGAACAAUCCGUUUCUGUUGGGCCUUUGUCGCAGCGGACCCCCGCCUGACCUGCAGUAUGAUAACUCCUCAGAACUGUUCCGCAUCUCCACCUUUGCCCGCUUCCCGGCAUCGGGCGUCAGCGAGCGCAGCCUGGCUCGCGCCGGCUGGUUCUACACGGGCGUCGGCGACCGCGUGCAGUGCUUCCGCUGCAACGUGACGGCAGAAGGCUGGCUGGCGGGCGACUGUCCCGCCGAGAAGCACCGUCAGCUGUCGCCGUCCUGCUCCUUCGUGCAGAGCCUGCCAUCCGCCCCCAACCUGCUCUCCUCUUCGCACUCGGCCUUCUCGCCGCUCCGCGUCGCCACCGGCGUACCGCUCCCCGCUCCAGGCCCGGCCACCUCGAACCCAGCGGGAGGUGCGGUAGAGGAGCCGGCGGGCUACCUGAACAUGGGGUUCUCAGGUCCGCCGCCGCCCUCCAGCCCGCUGAGCUCUCGCGGCGUGGAGGACAUGUCGCACCAGCGGCCCCCCGCCUGUCACAACCCGGCCAUGCGGCGCGAGCAGGACCGCCUGGAUUCCUUCCACGCGUGGACGCUAUCCAUCAUCACGCCCGCCGAGUUGGCCAAAGCAGGCUUCUACUUCCUGGGGCUGGGCGACCACGUGGCCUGCUUCAGCUGCGGUGGGCAGCUCAGCAACUGGGAGCCGGGCGACCGCGCAUCGUCAGAGCACCAGCGCCACUACCCCAACUGCCGCCUAGUGCGGGGCGACCGCACCGACAACGUGUCGCUGACGGGGGCGCCGCCCUCCUCCUCCUCCUCUUCCUCCUCAUCAUCGUCGUCUGCCGCUCUCAACAACGUGUCCAACCCGUCUAUGCGGCAGAAUGACGAGCGGCUGCUCACCUUUGUCAACUGGCCCACGCGCAUCCCUGUCAGGCCCGAGCAGCUGGCCAAGGCGGGAUUCUACUAUGUCGGUCGUAACGACGACGUGAAGUGCUUCUGCUGCGACGGAGGUUUGCGCUGCUGGGAGUCGGGAGACGAUCCCUGGGUGGAACAUGCCAAAUGGUUUCCACGGUGUGAAUAUUUGCUGCAGGAGAAAGGUCAAGAGUUUGUGCACCAAAUUCAGGCGCGCUUCCCUCGACUCUUUGAGCAGCUUUUGACAAAUGGAGACAGCAGCUCCAGGGAGUUUGUGGAUCCACCAGUGGUGCACCUGGGCCCGGGCGACGAGCGCUGCGAGGACGCGGUGAUGAUGAACACGCCCGUCAUCAAGUCGGCCCUGGAGAUGGGUUUCGAGCGCGGCCUGGUCAAGCAGACGGUGCAGAGCAAGAUCCUCAGCAGCGGCGAGAACUACCGCACCGUCCAGGAACUGGUCUCGGACCUGCUCAGCGCAGAAGACCAGAAGAGGGAGGAGGAGCGCGAGAUGAUGGCCGAGGCCAUGGCAUCGGACGGUUUCACGUUUGUCAAGCGACACCAGGCGGCUCUAGUGCAGCGGCUCAAGAGUGUGGAGCCCGUCUUGGAACAUCUCAGAGAGCAAAAUGUGCUGAGCGCCGAGGAGUACGGCGGGCUGCAAGCGCAGACGUCACCACAGCAGCAGACGGCUCGUCUCAUCGAGCUGGUCCUCACCAAAGGCAAUGCGGCCGCAGAGGUUUUCCGCAACUGGAUACAAAAGAACGACGUGCACCUUCUGCGAGAGCUCAUGGCUCAGUCCAACGAAGCGGCAUCCCCCAGCCAGGACCUGUCGGGUCUUCCCAUGGAGGAGCAACUGAGACGUCUUCAGGAGGAGCGAACGUGCAAAGUGUGCAUGGACAAGGAGGUCAACAUCGUCUUCAUCCCGUGCGGACACCUGGUGGUGUGCAGGGAGUGCGCGCCGUCCCUGCGCAAGUGUCCCAUCUGCAGAGGACUGGUCAAAGGCACCGUGCGCACCUUCCUCUCAUAAAAAGCACCGCAAAAAUCACUGUUGAAUGUAACACGCAGCUUUUGACAAAAAGCCCCCCUAACAUACACAGUACACAUAUCAGUGAAAUAAAAAAAAUUGCUAACUCAUG